CGAUACAAUAAAUAUUAUAUAAAUAAUAGUAACAAGUCAACCUCAGUACCUUCUAUAUUUCAUAUACCUUUUAUAUAAGCAAAGUAUAAUAGCAAUUCAAGUUCAGAAAUGACUGGUAAUAUCAUACGAAUUGUAAAAUUCAUCAAAAUGAAAUCUUCAUUAUGAUUUAUAAAAUAUUGCAAAUGAUUAAUUAAUGCUUUAAUAUCGAUUUCAUUGACAUCAAAAAAUAAAAUCAUAGAGUCAACUUGUUCGGUUGUAUUUUACUUAAUUUAUGUGUUAUUUAAUAUUUUUUCUGAAUAAUAAGUUAUUUUUUUAAAUUAGUAUUAUUGCUUGUCAGUCACAUUUUUUACUCUGUAUCUAGAUAAAGGUUUAAAUAUCUAGCUAUUUAACUUAAUACAUAAAUUAAACACACAAAUUUAAAUAUUUAAAUUUACACAUAAUCUUUAUUACCUACAUAUAUUUUAUAAUGAAUGUAUUUAACAAGCAUGCACGACUAUCUAUUGGUAAGUUUGGCUCUGCGUUUGAUCGAAGCCAUCACAGCCUAUCGGUAAAUAUACCUAAUACUGAGAUAAUUUUAAUCUUUAGGUGUUCGAAACAUAUCCAGUUGGAUGUUACCUGAAGUCCAUUCCAAAUUAAAGAAAAUAUGCCGUGAAUUUGCAGAAGCUGAAUUAAAGCCUGUCGCUUCUAUACUCGACAAACAACAAAUAUUUCCUUCCGAUCAAGUAAAUACUUAAUUUUGUAUCAAAUAAUAUAUCUAUAAUUAAAAACUAUAGGUACUGAUUUAAAACAGUUAAUUACUGUUGUAAUCUGCUUGAUUUCACUGUUAUUAAUUACUCUUGUAGAACAUAGAUUUGUCUUUUUGUAUAGACUUUCUAAUAAUGAAAAUCCAAUAUUCAUUCAAUAACCUCGAGUAUAAUUGGUAAUGAGUAAGAUCUCCAGAAAAGUUAUUUGAUAACAACUUUCUAAAUUAAAACUGUGAAAUAAUACAUAGGUAUAGAAUAGAGAGCUAUAAGGUUUCUAACUACCCCCCUUCCCAAAAAAAAUUAUUUCCUACAUCAAUCCACUGAAAAAUUACCAUCAAUGAAGCGGUACAAUUUUUAUUGUUUUUUGUAAAAAUGUAUCAAAAACUUAUUCUAUAUCUAUUUUCAAUAAAAAGAAAUGUUAAAUUUUAUGAUGUGCUUCUUUUGAUAAGUUCCGUGAAGUAUAAUAAAAUACAAUAUUAUAAUAUUAAAUAGCCUGUUUCAGCUUAUGAGUUACCUAUAUUUUUACAAUAAAAUAAUGAACAUGAUUGAACUAAAAUUAUCUUUGUAUCGCUGUAUUUUGUAAAAGGUGUAGCCUCCCUCCUCACAUUGAAAAUUGUCACGCCAUGCUUAUGGAAAUAAAUCUAAUCUAAACUGAAUUAUAUUGUAACAGGUAAUACAUUGCUUUUGGAUUGUAAAUUAUUUAAAUUUUUAAAAUAGCAAAAUAAAUAGUUAAAUUACUUUAAAUAAAAACAUUGUAGAAACACAAUCAUAAUACUUUAUUAUUUAUGUUACAGAUAAAAAAAUUGGCUGGUCAAGGAAUUAUGGGAAUUUUAGUCGAUCAAAAUUACAGUGGUUUAGGAGCAAACUCUCUUGCGUUGUCAGUUGCCGUAGAAGAAAUAUCUAGGUUAUUUUAAUGCAGUUUUAAUGCACUCUAAACAAAUUAAUAUUAAUUUACUUAACUUAAUCUGAAUUUUAAAUUUAUUUUAAAAAUUAGAUGUUGUGGGGGAACUGGAACAAUUGUAAGUAUCCACAAUGCUCUAUAUGCAGGAAUAAUAAACAAAAUUGGCACUCCAGAACAAAAAAUGAAAUUUCUUCCAGAGUCGAAUAACGGUAUUGUUGGUUGCUUUGCUCUUAGUGAAUCAAGUAAUAAUUACUUUAAAAAAAAUAUUAGAAAUUCCUUUUGUAUUAAUAUAAAUAAUAAAUAUGUUAUUUUAAGUUUAGGCAGUGGUAGUGAUGCAGUCAAUAUGCAAACAGUAGCAAAACGUGAAGGUGAUCACUGGAUAUUAAAUGGUACAAAGGCUUGGGUAACGAAUGGCAUUGAAGGUGGUGCAGUUAUUGUGAUAGCACGAACUGAUCUUUCUAAAGGCCAUAAGGGUAUAUCGGCAUUUAUUGUGCCAACAAGUACGCCAGGUAUUUGAAAAACUAUUUUUAAAAAAUUAUAUUUUUGUAGAUUAUAAUUUUAAAUUAAAUUUUAGGUGUAACAAAAGGCAAAAGAGAUGAUAAAUUAGGCAUUAGAGCAGCAUCUUCAUGCAAUAUAAUAUUAAAUAAUGUUAUUGUACCAGCGGAAAAUAUGUUAGGCAACGAAGGUGACGGUUUUAAAAUAGCCAUGUCAGGAAUUGGUCAGUAUAUUUUAAUAAUUUUAAAUAGAGUAAAUAAAUAAAUGCAAUGGCGAUGGCCUGGAGUAUUAAAUACACAUUAAUUAGUAUUUUUUUUUAUAAACAUUUUUGAAUUUAUUUAUUUAUUUACAAGUAUUAACCAUUUUAAUAAUUUUACUUUUACUCUAUUAUUUUAUUAUUUAAUAAUUUUAUUAAAAUAUAUACACAUUGGUUAUGUGUAUGUUGUAACACACAAAAAAAGUAUUAAUUUUAACUUUUUUUAAAUAUUUUAUAGAUGUUGCAAGGAUUGGUAUUGCAUCUCAAGCAUUGGGCAUAUCACAAGGCGCAUUGGAAUGUGCUCUUAACUAUGCUGGAAAAAGAAUUGCUUUUGGUAAAGCUAUUAUUAAAAUGCAAGGUGUUCAGGUAUGAAUGAUAUUAAAACUCAUUUAAUGUAUGUUUUAUUAGUUAACUUAUUUUUUUAUAUUACCAGCAAAGAAUUGCAAAAAUGGCUACACGAUUGGAGGCUGCUCGGCUCUUAACUUGGAAAGCAGCGUGGUUGAAAGAUAAUGAAAGACCUUUCACCAUGGUAAAUGAUAGGUUUAUAAAACUGUACCAUAACAUACGAUUUAUGAUUAACAAUAUUUUUCACCAUGUAAUUUGUGUAUUUUCUCAGGCAGCGUCUAUGGCCAAAUUAGAAGCAUCACAAACAGCUACAUAUGUUACACACAAUUGUAUCCAGAUUCUCGGUGGAAUGGGAUAUGUUACAGAUAUGCCGGCUGAACGACAUUACAGAGAUGCAAGGAUAACUGAAAUAUAUGCAGGUCCUACAGAUAUACAAUACCUUGUAAUUGCCGAAAAUGUAGCAAAAGAAUAUGGAUUUGCUACUAGAUAAGACUUAUAUUAUAUUGAAUAAUUCCAUUAAUUAUUUAGGUUAUGGUUAAUUUGUUUGUAUUUACACAAUUUUGCUUUUUAUAUUAUUAAAGGUAAAUAUGAAUUGACUCUGUAAAAUUGUUACAAAACCAUAAAAUAAAUCAAUUGUUUUUUUUUUUAUAUAUAUAUAUAUAGAUUUUAGGUAUUUAAUAUUGUAUCAAUUAUUGGAUAAACAAUAUACCAACUUUUGUACAAAAUUUAGUACAAACCAAUUAAUAUCAAUUUUUAAGAUUACAAAUAACUAUAGACUAUGAUUAACAAUAUUGUAAUUUUAUUAUUAUUCUACUAUAAUGAAUAACUUACAAAAUUAAUAAAAUUACAUAGACUUUGGGUAAGAGUAAGAAGCCAUCAAUUUUUUUCUUCUUUCUUUAGCCUCCAACUUAGCUUGUCUUUUUGCUUGAGCUUUGUUUAUUAAAUCUUUAAUAACAAACUCCGGUAACCGUUUCCCUCUCCAUGUAUUAGGCAAUAUUGUCAUAUUAAUGAUAUUUAAUUUGUCUUGAACAUAAUCAACAGCUUUAAAUUGUUCAGCUUCUUUAACC